CCUCCCCCUGCCAUUCUGAUCUAUUUAAUUUAUGAAUUCAAUGUAAACAUAUUCAAUUCAAACAUGAUUCUAUAUCUUAUCAUGUUUAUUUAAUUGCACUUAGUAAUAAAAAGAACAUGUUUAUUAAAUAAAUAUAAUACAAUUUAUUUAUAUUUUUCUUAUUUAUUUUUUUCUUUUUAGCUAGUAAAGAUCUAAUUAGUUAUGGUAAUCCUAAUAAUAACAAUAAUAAUAGUAGUAGAAGACAAACAGAAGAAUAUUUAGAUUAUAUUCGAUGUAUGAUUGGAUGGAGAAAUAUCAUUUAUACAUGUUUAACAUCAAAUCAAACAUUAGAUGAAAGUCAUUUAUUAGAUUUAGCAAAAUUUCUACAAAAUAUGGCUAUUUCUACUCAAAGAUUAUUAGAAGCAAAUGUAGACUUAUGUGUAUUUUGUCGUAAUAACAAUGAACCUAAAGAGAUAUAUACUAGUCAUAAAGUUAAAGAUCGUUUUGGUCGAGUAACUUGUCCAAUUCUACGUAAAUUCACUUGUCCAUUAUGUGGUGCUACUAAAGAUCGUGCUCAUACAAUAAGAUAUUGUCCAAAAUUAUUAUUAACAAAUCAUAAUCGAAAUGGUAACAGUAGUGGUGGACCCACUUGUCCUAUGAUUGAAGCUGGUUUGUUGGAACCGAUACAGUUCUCGACAUCGAAUUCAUUUUAAAAAUGAAAUCUACUUGAUAAUAAAAGAACAAUGCAAAUGAAAUAUUUUCCAACCAAUUAAUGCAACUGAUGAUGAUAUAUUGACUAUUAUUAUUAUCAUUAUUGUUAUUAUUAUUAUCACUAUAAAUCAGUGCUAAUAAAUUAUUACAUGAUCAGUAUAUAA